UUAUUGUGUAUUUUUACAUGACACAACACGAAACUGUGGUGAUUUCAUUUAUGUAGUAUUUUUCAUUACAAUAUAAGAAUAAAAAUAUAGUUCACUGGAUUAAUCUCAUCUUCGACGUGAACGCUUUAACUUGAUAAAAGAGACAACAUGAAUCACUGCUGACGACAACUAGAAAUUCCUUGGAUAUAACCAAAUUGUAGGUUAUAACACUCUCUUGUUAUUUCUCUAGGGAUCGACUAUCAUCAUGGUGAAUAUUCUAGAAAAGAUUUCCACUUUUCUUCACUACUGGUACUUCCGAUACAUGCUAGUAACAGAGCUUUACAUGGUAGAAAAAUGGGAGAGGCACUUUGUCAAUAUUUUUCUAAUAUCAAUUUUUUGUUUACUCUUCUACUUCAAUUACAGAGUUCUACUUCCAGUAACAUCUUCAUUUUUCAUAGAAAACUAAUAUCUGCUUGAGGGGUUUCUACACUCCCCCUCCCCCCUAUAAAUAAUAAUAAAUAAUAUCUAUCUGAUCAAAUAUACCUAUCAAUUAUUGUAAAUAUACGUUAUUUAUGUAUUAAAAGUAUAUUAUAAAAUACAAAAGUUGGUUGUCACUAGAUAAAUAAUGUUCAGAAUUAAAAUAUUAAAAUAUUAAAUUUGUACUAUAGAAAGAAAUAAUGUUAUCAAUAAAUAUUUUAUACGCUUUGCUUAAAUGAAAUAUCAAAUGUACUUAUUAUAUAACUAUGGGUAACCAAGGGCGAAAAUAAUGAAGUCAUAAGAUACAGAUUAUGUCUGAUUAUAUUUACUCACAAUAAUAAUACCUUCUUACCACAUCAGUCCUUGAUUAAAGUAAUCGCUAGUACUUCUAAUCACUUCCACAUACAGUGUAUUUUCUUACAAUUCAAAAGUUUUUUUUUAUUCUCAAACUUUUUCUUAUUCCCACACAUGCCCAACAGUUAAAUAUAUUACUAAAAUUAGAAUAUGUUAAGAAUAAAUAUUUAAUCUUCGUUCAUGUUAUGCGUUUAUAUUAAACGAUUAACCAUCAACUGAUAUUAAUAACAAUUUUAAUCGUCCUAAUAUACAUCCUCAACUUUAUUUAAUUUAGUCGCCAAUUUUCAUUUCGUUGGCUGAUUUUCGAUUAAAAAAAAACCAAUCAGCUGAUCAGUUUUUUCUCAUAUUAUUUUUCGCUUAAAACUAAUUUUCGCAAACGGAAUAAUGAGCUAAGAUUCUGUACGAUACUUGCUUUCAAUUAUCCAGCCAAUCAUGUUUUACAUUUUCGCAAAAGUAUUAGUACCAAUAAUAUCGAUUCGGCACCGAAACAUUUUUUUUUUAUUAAAUAAAUAAAGAAAAGCAUAUUCACAAGUUCAUUGCACUAUAAGUUUGGCCAGAUAAGGAAUACUUUACCAGUAAAAAUCUUGAAAAAUAAUCGUAAUUGUUUCGCGUGAUGUUCUUGUCUAUCAAGUUCUAAAAAUUUGAGCUCUUUCCUUCACACCUGUUUCCAUCCAUUUUAUUUAUUUAUUUUUAAGGAGUACUACAGUGGAAGAAUUUUUUCGUCGUUGAUCGAACAAAAACAUUAUAUACAGUCAGUUUAAAAAUGCAAGCGAUCAUUUAAGUUUACGAAAUAUAUAUAUAUAAAAAUGCACUUGUUUUCAAAAUGCUCAAGAAAAUUAGUGCUGAAUCGCAUUUAGAAAAGUAUCAUAUCAUAAUAAAUUAAAUU